AUGGAAAAAAAUUUGAUAUAUGGGAUGUUAAAGUAAGAUUUUAUGGUACGAAUAGACAUAUGUAAAUUAUUAAUUGAAAUUCUUAUAUUAAUAAUUAGCGGUGGUGGUUUGUAUAAUAAAACUGGAAAAAAAGUGGGAUUAUGGAUUGAAUUGAUUGAGAAUUUAAAGGAGUAAAUAAAAUUCCUAUUUAAACUAAGUUCGAAUAUCGUUACUUAACAGGGCUUUUAUAUAGAUGGGAAAAAAAUUGAUAGAUGGAAUGUUUAUUUUAUGAAGAAUGAUUAAUGGGAAAAUUUUUUAAUGUAAUAUAAAAAUUUUAUAAACUUCUCUUAAUUUAGAGGUAAUGGAUUAUACGGGGAUCUCGAGUAAAAAAUUGGAAAAUGGACUGAAUUGGGUCAAAAUCUUUAUAAGUAUAGAAUAUAGUUUAUAAUUUUUUUAGGAAUAGUUAUAUUACAUAUUAAGGGGAAUAUUUAAACGGGAAAAAAGUUGAUAGAUGGGUGACCUAUUGGUACGAGGUCUAAAAUAAUAAAAAUUAAUAGAUGUUUAUAUUUUAUUAAUUCUUAUUAUUUUUUAUUUUUAGUGGUGGAGGAGUUUAUGAUUAGUAAAAUUAAAAAAUUGGAAAAUGGAUUGAAUUAAGCUAAAACUUCUAUUAGUAUAAAAAAUUUAUUAUUUUUUUUAGAGAUAGCUAAAUUACCUAUAAAGGAAUAUAUGAAAAUGGGAAAAAAUUAGGUAAAUGGGUAACUUAAUGGAAAAUAAAUAGAGAUACUGAAAAUACAGUAACGUAAAAUUAAAUAAUUAAUUAAAAAAUUUUAUGAUUAGUGGUGGUGGAGAAUAUAACUAGUUAAGUUAAAAGAUUGGAAUAUGGUUUGAGUUUAGUGACAAUUUUUAUAAGUACAAAUAUAAUAUAUAUUAUUUUUUCUUUAGGGAGAGUUAAAUUAUUUAUUAAGGGGAAUAUAAUAAUGGUUAAAAAAUAGGUAAAUGGGAAACUUUGUGGAAGGAUUAUGGAGAUAGUAAAUUUGCAGUAAUGUAUAAUUAUAUAAAAUAAUUAAAAUUCUUUAUUAAUAGCGGUGGUGGAGAAUACAAUUAAUUAAGUUAAAAGAUUGGAAAAUGGAUUGAAUUGAGUGACAAUUUCUUCAAGUAUAUAAAUUAAUUACUAUUAUCGAGAGAAAGUAUAAUAACUUAUCUAGGUAAUUACAAAAAUGGUAAAAAAAUUGGUAGAUGGGAUAUUUUUUAUAAAAAGAAUUAUGGAGAUUAUUAGAGUGUUAAUAUGUAUAAAAUAAUCAUCCAUUAUCUAUCAUUAGUGGUGGAGGGUCAUAUGAUGAUGAAGCAGAAAGUGAGAGAAAGAUAGGUAAAUGGGUAGAAUUGACGAAUGGGUUUUACUGGUAAUUUAGAAUUUAGUAAUAAUCAUAGGGAAAAUUAAAUCUUAUAUUGUGGAGAAUACAAAAAAGGAAAAAAAUUUGGAAAGUGGGAAGAGAUAAAAAAAGAUUUUGUUAAAAUAAAGGAAGGAUUUAAAAAGAUGUAUAUAUUUUUCUUUUUAAAAAUA